GGCGGCCUCGGCGGCGCCGCCCAGACGAGCGGAGCGCCCGUCCCCGCGGCUGCUGGCCUCCGCCGCCCGCCGGCCAUGCUGAGGGCGCCGCUGCCGCUGCCGCUGCUGUUGCUGCCGCUGCUGCCCCUGCCCGGGGCCGCGGCCGGGCCGGCCGAGAAGCGCGUGGUGCAGAAGGAGGCGGCCUUCGAGCAGCUCUAUGGCGACGCCGUGAACGAGAAGCUGCUCAACAUCUACGCCUUCAACCACAGCGUCUCGCGCAACCGGACGGAAGGCGUCCGGGUGUCGGUGAACGUGCUCUCGUGGGAGAAGGAGAGGCCGGUGCUCUUCGUGGUGCGGCAGAAGGAGGCGGUGGUCUCCUUCCAAGUGCCCUUAAUCCUCCGGGGCCUGUUCCAGAGGAAGUAUCUCUACCAAGAUGUCAGCCGCACUUUGUGCCAGCCACCAACCAAGAGCGAAGUCGAGACACAGUUUUUCUUCGUGGACGUCUCCACCCUCUCGACCACCAACGCCUCUUACCAACUGCGCGUCUCCCGCGUGGAGAAUUUUGUACUCAGGACAGGGGAGCCCUUCACUUUCAACGCCACGGCAGCCCAGCCACAGUACUUCAAGUACGAGUUCCCAGAGGGGGUGGACUCUGCCAUCAUUAAAGUGACCUCAUCCACAGCCUUUCCUUGUUCAGUCAUUUCCGUCCAGGACAUUCUGUGUCCCGUCUACGACCUGGAUAACAACGUGGCUUUCAUUGGCACAUACCAGACCAUGACCAAGAAGGCAGCCAUCACAGUGCAGAAGAAGGAUUUCCCCAGCCACAGUUUCUAUGUGGUUGUGGUCGUGAAGACCGAAGAUGAAGCUUGUGGGGGACCUUUACAUUACUACCCUUUUUCCAAAGAUGAGCCUGUUGACCAAGGCAACCGCCAGAAAACCUUGGACGUCAUGGUGACCCCUGCUGUCAGUUCAGAGACCUAUGUGAACGGAAUCCUCUUCUGCCUGGGUGUCUUCUUGUCCUUCUACGUCCUGACGGUGCUCAUUGCCUGCUGGGAAAACUGGCGGCGGCAGAAGCGGAGGCAGAGGCAGCUCCAGCUCCUGAGUGCUGUGGACACACCCUGUUCUGAUGGGGGGGUGCGAGCUGCUCUCCUUGGGAACCCCCAGGACCCCCCGGAUUCCUUCCAGGGACACCCUCCUCUCGGCAGCCAGAGUUAUGGGUCCUUUGCAGACACCGGGUCAGCUGCCAGCAGCGAGAAUGUCACGGACAGCCUACUUUCCACGGAGGCCUCCUCCAAUUACGCUGGGCAGGAUAUGUGCCAGCAGCGGCAGAGACACUGGGCAGCCUUUGCAAUGGAUCGUUCCCUAGAGAACAUGGUGGGGCGCCCCCGGCUGGACUCGCUCAGCUCCGUGGAGGAGGACGAUUACGACACGCUGGCUGACAUUGAGUCAGACAAGAACGUCAUUCGCACCAAGAAGUUCCUGUGUGUGGCAGAUCUGGCCCGCAAAGAUAAGCGAGUAUUACGGAAGAAAUACCAGAUUUACUUUUGGAAUAUUGCCACCAUCGCUGUCUUCUACGCCUUGCCGGUCGUCCAGCUGGUGAUCACCUAUCAGACGGUGGUGAAUGUGACUGGGAACCAGGACAUCUGCUACUACAACUUCCUCUGCGCCCACCCUCUGAGCAACCUCAGCGCCUUCAACAACAUCCUGAGCAACCUGGGCUACGUCCUGCUGGGCCUGCUCUUCCUGCUCAUCAUCCUGCAGCGUGAGAUCGGCUACAACCGGGCCUUGAUGCGCAAUGACUUCCAGGCUGUGGAGUGUGGCAUUCCCAAACACUUCGGCCUCUUCUACGCCAUGGGCACUGCCCUCAUGAUGGAAGGUCUUCUGAGCGCCUGCUACCACGUGUGCCCCAACUACACCAACUUCCAGUUUGACACAUCAUUCAUGUACAUGAUUGCCGGGCUGUGCAUGUUGAAGCUAUACCAGAAGAGGCACCCGGACAUCAAUGCCAGCGCCUACAGUGCCUACGCCUGCCUGGCCGUCAUCAUCUUCUUCUCAGUCAUUGGGGUGGUCUUUGGCAAAGGCAACACGGCCUUCUGGAUCGUGUUCUCAGUCAUCCACAUCCUGUCCACGCUGCUGCUCAGCACCCAACUUUACUACAUGGGCCGUUGGAAACUGGAUUCUGGCACCUGGCGCCGCAUCUUCCAUGUGCUGUACACAGACUGCAUCCGACAGUGCAGCGGGCCCAUGUACAUGGAUCGGAUGGUGUUGCUGGUCAUGGGGAACCUCAUCAAUUGGUCUCUGGCGGCCUAUGGGCUGAUCAUGCGCCCCAACGACUUUGCCUCCUACCUGCUGGCCAUUGGGAUCUGCAACCUGCUGCUCUACUUUGCCUUCUACAUCAUCAUGAAGCUCCGGAGUGGUGAGCGUCUGCUGCCGGUCUCCCUGCUCUGCAUUGUCUGCACCUCUGUGGUGUGGGGCCUCGCCCUCUUCUUCUUCUUCCAGGGCCUGAGCACCUGGCAGAAAACGCCGGCCGAGUCCCGAGAGCACAACCGGGAGUGUGUCCUGCUGGCCUUCUUCGACGACCACGACGUCUGGCACUUUCUCUCCUCCAUCGCCAUGUUUGGCUCCUUCCUGGUCUUGCUGACACUGGAUGAUGACCUCGACUGCGUCCAGCGUGACAAGAUUUAUGUCUUCUGAGGAUGCCUGGAGACUCCUUGGAAGGGAUUGUUCACUGGACAGCUCUCCUGCUAGCGGGUGCUGGGGCCACAGCUGUGGGUUCCCCCCUCACCAGUGCAUCAAGAGAGAGUCUGCGGAAGGGGAAUGAGCCUCCCAAAGCUGAACCAGCAAGGGCGAUGGGUUCAAAUGCUGCCACGGUUGCCUCUCGGUCCCUUUCCCUUCCUUGGCCAACAGCAGAGAGAAAAGCCCCUCCUGUCGGGAUCCAGCACUGCCCACAACUCUGGGGAGAGGCUGCCAGCAGGACAGCUGGGCUCCCGUUCAGUGGGGCAGCCCUCGGAAACUGACUCUGCUCUCUUCCUUGGUGCCUGCAUUGGCCUCCAAAAGGGUCUCCCGCUGGGACGCGGCUGCCUUCUUUGCUGGACAGGGAGUAACGGCCACUCGGUCCCCCUCUGUCCACGGCUGCAGCUGCAGCAUUGUCCAGGCAGGGGGUGCCACCACCUCCUCCUCCGCCACCUCCUCAAGCCCUUGGGGUACCAUGGGGAGGAAGUGGGCCGGUGAGUCUCCUCCACGCAGGUUGGAGGGGCUGAAGGCCUGCGCAGCUGAGAGCACCUUCCUAGUUUUGGCCCCCAAGCAAGCCAGGCCCUGGUUUCCUGGCCCUAGGGGGUGGGGAGGGGGCUUCUGCAGAUAGUCACCAUGAUGCAAGGGGGAGGGGAUGGCAGGAGAAGAUCAGAAGAGCCAGUCCAGGAGGUGGAGGCCGAGUGCUCCUUUUUCCCCACUCAAGGAUCAGGCCUUCCCUCCACGUUUGUCCAUUCCUGGCUGAGACGGUUUUCCUUUGAAAUGGUUCUUGAUAUAAAACACUGUUAAAGAAAAUUGGCAUUUUGAUCACUACAGAUGCUACUGCUCAAUGCAAGCGAUAAAAUAUG